AUGAGUACUCGCCAGUACGGAUUCAUGCCCCAGAGAAGCACCGAGGACUCCCUCUAUAAUCUAAUGCAACACAUUCACAGGAAAUUAGAUGAAAAGAAAAUAAUUGUUCUGGUUUCUUUGGACAUAGAGGGAGCCUUCGAUAGCGCCUGGUGGCCAGCUAUACGAGUCCGACUGGCUGAGGAAAAGUGCCCACUGAACCUCAGGAAGGUAUUUGAUAGCUACCUGAGGAACAGAGAGAUAGUGGUUAGGUAUGCGGGAGAGGAGUGCACCAAAAUCACUACCAAGGGGUGCGUCCAGGGUUCCAUCGGAGGACCAAUCUUGUGGAACCUCCUCCUGGACCCUCUCUUAAAAAGCCUAGAGAAUUGGGGUGAGUAUGGUCAGGCCUUCGCGGACGACGUCGUGCUUGUCUUCGAUGGUGACACCGCACUAGAGGUGCAAGGACGCGCCAAUGUCGCUCUCGAACAUGUUCGGACGUGGGGUGUCAAAAAUAAGCUUAAAUUUGCGCCCCAAAAAACAAAUGCGAUGGUUAUUACCAGAAAACUUAAACACGACACCCCACGCUUGAAGAUGGGAGGGAUAGACAUUGCCAUGUCCAGGGAAAUAAAACUCCUUGGUGUCACCAUGGACGACAGGCUGACUUUCAACACUCACGUGGCGAAUGUCUGCAGGAAGGCUACUGGAAUAUAUAAGCUACUCUCCAGAGCGGCGAGAGUGAGCUGGGGUCUCAACCCUGAUAUAGUUAGGAUUAUUUAUACGGCUACUAUAGAGCCGAUCAUCCUGUAUGCUGCUAGCGUGUGGGCACCGGCGGCAAAGAAGCUGACGACGAUCAAACAGCUUCAAGUGGUCCAGCGUGGGAUAGCGCAGAAAAUCUGUAAGGGCUAUCGAACGGUCUCCCUGAACUCGGCGCUGCUACUGGCUGGGAUACUUCCCCUUGAUCUCAGAGUGCGUGAGGCGGCCUCACUGUACGAGGCCAAGAGGGGAGUGCCCCGGCUGGAGCUGGGGGACAGGGAGAUCGAGCGAGUGGCCCCGGCCAUUGAGGCGCCACAUCCCGCUGAGCGUAUCAGCCUGAGGCUCGUGAGCCUGGUAGAUCGGGAACAGCUCAACCAAAACAGUGACUUUGAAAUUCGUAUAUUUACUGACGGGAGCAGGAUUGAGGGCAAAGUCGGUGCUGCCUUGUCUGUGUGGAACAGCGAGACCGAAAUAAAAGCCUUCAAGCUUGCUCUCCCAGGGUAUUGCACCGUCUACCAGGCUGAACUUCUGGCUAUAUGCAAGGCCACACAUGUAAUUCUCGGACAUCCAGCGUCUUCUUUUGGAGUCUACAGUGAUUCAAUGGCAGCUCUACAAACGGUCAUAAAUCAUAGUUGCCUCCAUCCCCUUGCAGUAGAGAGCAGAGAUAAAUUAACAACAGCAUCUCUUCAGGGUAAGGUUGUUACCUUAUUCUGGAUUAAGGCUCAUGCAGGGAUGGAGGGUAACGAAAGAGCUGACCAGCUUGCCAAAAGUGCCGCUUUGGGCUCCAAAAGAAGACCUGAUUACGAUCUGUACCCGGUCUCAUUCGCCAAGCGAAGCAUUCGACUUGCGACGCUUGACGAAUGGAAUCGCAGAUAUCGAACUGGAGAAACCGCGUCGGUCACAAAGAUAUUCUUCCCGGAUGCUGUGACGGCGUACCGGAUGAUCCGCAAAAUAAAAAUCGAUGGUAUAAUUACGCAAAUUAUGACAGGGCACGGUGGGUUCUCGGAGUACUUGAAUCGCUUUAAGUGCAAAGAGAGCCCAUCGUGCGCAUGCGAGCCAGGAAGAGAGGAAUCCGUCCCACACAUCCUUUUCGACUGCCCAAUACCUGCAAUGCAAAGGUUUGAAUUAGGACAUAAAAUAAAUCAAAACAUUGUAAGGGAAAAUGUACCAAACAUCUUAAACAGUAAAGAAAGAGACAUGUUUUUAAAAUUCUGUAUCGAAAUCGCUCAAAAUGUUAUAAACAGAAACAAAACAGCGUAG